UAUAAAGAAGCUUAAAUAUGAUACUGACAUUUUUUAGGCUUUACUUGCAGCAUAAAAAGCCCCUAUCUCCAAUCUACACGAACGCAUUGAAUCAUUUAACGCUGUGUUUCAAUCCAUCUCUGAGUUCAAGGAGAAUGAAAAAUUCAGAGGCAAAUUCAAAUGUGAAGAAGAAGGAGAAGGGAAUACACAUCGAAGGAUACCCAGUUGAGGGUUUGUCGAUAGGAGGGCAAGAAACUUGCAUAAUCCUCCCGUCCCUCAAGUUAGCCUUUGACAUUGGUAGAUGUCCCCAGCGUGCAAUUUCACAGGACUUCCUGUUCAUUUCCCAUGGACACAUGGAUCACAUUGGAGGACUGCCCAUGUAUGUUGCGACUCGUGGGUUGUAUAGAAUGAAGCCCCCAAUAAUUAUUGUACCAAAAGCUAUAAAAGAAAAUGUGGAGAUGCUUUUUCAGGUGCACAGAGCAAUGGAUGAGUCAGAGCUGAAGCAUAAUCUAAUUGGCUUGAAUGUGGGAGAAGAGUUUUACUUAAGAAAAGACUUGAAAGUAAGAGCAUUUAGAACCUACCAUGUUAUACCAAGUCAGGGUUAUGUAGUUUAUUCUGUAAAGCAGAAACUUAAGCAGGAGUAUGUUGGCCUUCCUGGGAAUGAGAUUAAGAACUUGAAGUUAUCAGGUGUGGAGAUUACGUAUACAAUGACAACACCUGAAAUUGCCUUUACGGGAGAUACCAUGUCAGACUUCAUUGUGGAUCACACUAAUGUUGAUGCUUUGAUGGCAAGAGUUCUCAUCAUGGAGAGCACCUUUGUUGACAACACAGUGACGGUGGAGCAUGCAAGAGAAUAUGGCCACACUCAUUUGUCUGAGAUAGUCAGUUAUGCAGAUAGGUUUCAGAAUAAAGCAAUUCUUCUGAUCCACUUCUCUGCUCGUUAUACAACAAAUGAAAUUCAAGAAGCUGUCUCUGCAUUGCCUCCGCCUUUGGGAGGUCGAGUAUUUGCACUUACAGAAGGAUUUUGAUGGAAAGUGAAGUUGAGAAUCAAACCUGUCAAGUGUGUACAUUAAAGUUAGAUUUGGCUUCUUGCAACUGCAAUUUUGUUUUGCUAAACCCAAAGCCUUACAUACAAAGACACCACAGGGUGUAGUUCUUAAACUUAUUAUGCACAACAGAAAUGGGAAUUAGGUGGUGGCAAAUGCUAAAAGCCCAAGCUAUAUAACAUUUUUCAGUUGCGGUUAGUGAAAUUCGUUGCUUUCGUUUUCAACA